AAAAGUCCUGUGAAAAUUUUGUGAAUUAAUGCUGAUUUUUGUUGUUUGACUUCUGAAUCAACAUUUAUUAAGAUUAUUCUUAAAUUUUGGAGUAAUCGGUGAUAUUUAAUUUUCAUGUAGAUAAAUAUUCAAGAUAAGUUUCUCAUCAGGAGCCAUUUGAUUUAUGGUAUCAAUCUCAGUGGAGGACAGAAACAGAGAGUUAGUCUUGCCAGAGCAGUUUACUCAGCUGCUGAUAUAUAUUUUCUAGAUGAUCCAUUAUCUGCUGUUGACUCACAUGUAGGAAAACACAUUUUUGAGAAAGUUAUUGGGCCAAAUGGACUACUCAAUAAUAAGACGAGAAUUCUUGUUACACAUGGCUUGACAUAUCUGUCUCAGACAGAUGUUAUAUAUGUUAUGAAUGAAGGAACUAUUGCUGAGAGAGGUUCAUUCCAAGAGCUUAUUGAUAGUAAAGGUCCAUUUGCAGAAUUUUUGUCUCAGUACUUAAUGGAGAUUGAGCAAACUGAAGAAGAUUUAGAAAUUCUUGAAGACUUAUCACAUAAAAACCCAGAAUUCCUUAGGAGUUUAUCUGAAAGAAGCAAUACUGCAGAUGAGGAAAGUGACCAGCAGUCAGAUUUGGAAAGCAGUAGACGCAUGUCAGUGUUAUCUAUUAAUCGUCUUCCUGCAGGGCAUUCUUCUUCACCUUCAAAAGAAGUAGUAGAAAGGAAAAAAUCAUCAGUUGGUUUGGACAAAGGAACUAAGUUGAUAAAUGUUGAAGUUGCAGAAACAGGACAAGUCAAAUGGUCAGUUUAUUUGGCAUAUUUCAAAUCAGCAGGUCUUUCUUGGGUGUUGUUAAUUCUUCUAACAUACAUUGCAUGGCAGAGCUUUGGAGUUGGAGCUAAUAUUUGGCUUAGUGAUUGGGGUAAUGAUGCUCAAAAGAAUGGAACAGAAGCUACUGCUCAACGAGAUCGCAGGCUUGGAAUAUAUGGAGCUCUUGGAUUUGCACAAGCAAUAUUUUUACUCAUUGGCUCAUUUUCUGUUGCCUAUGGAACUCUCAUUGCCUCAAAAGUUCUACAUAAUAAUAUAUUAGUAAAUGUAUUACGAUCUCCGAUGUCUUUUUUUGAUACUACUCCCUUGGGACGUAUCGUCAACCGUUUUGCCAAAGAUAUUGAUACUAUUGAUGUUACUAUUCCAAUGACUCUAAGGGCCUGGUUGACUUGCCUUCUGACUGUAGUUUCAACACUUGUUGUGAUAAGCAUCCAAACACCACUGUUCUUGGUUGUGGUAUUGCCUAUUAGCAUCAUUUAUUAUUUCAUCCAGCGUUUCUACGUUGCAACAAGCAGGCAGUUAAAGAGAUUGGAAUCUAUCACACGAUCACCUAUAUAUUCUCAUUUUUCUGAAACAUUAGCUGGUGCAAGUACUAUACGAGCUUAUGAUGCUGAACACAGGUUUUGUGUGCAGUCUAAUAGUUUGGUGGAUGAUAAUCAGAUAUGCUAUUAUCCUAGCAUUGUAUCAAAUAGAUGGUUAGCUAUUCGUCUGGACUUUUGUGGUAAUUGUAUUAUUCUGUUUGCUGCCUUGUUUGCUGUUAUUCAAAAAGAUGAAUUACAUGCAGGAAGUGUUGGCUUAUCUGUUACUUAUGCACUUAUGGUAACUGCUACUUUGAAUUGGUUGGUGAGAAUGAGCUCUGAAUUAGAAACUAAUAUAGUUGCUGUCGAAAGACUCCUUGAAUAUUCUCAGACACCAACAGAGGCUGAAUGGAUUAUCAAAGACAAAACACCACCUACUGGGUGGCCUGAUAGUGGAGAAGUUAUCAUGAAAGAUUAUUCAACAAGAUAUAGAGAUGGUCUUGAUUUAGUUUUAAAGAAAAUUAAUUGCAGUAUUAGAGGAGGAGAAAAGAUUGGAAUAGUGGGAAGAACUGGGGCAGGAAAGUCAUCUCUAACAUUGUCACUGUUCAGAAUUAUUGAAGCAGCUGAUGGUUGUAUUAAUAUAGAUUCUCAUAGGAUUGCUGAUAUGGGACUUCAUGAUUUGAGGUCCAGAAUCACAAUCAUUCCCCAGGAUCCAGUAUUAUUCUCAGGUACAUUAAGAAUGAAUUUAGAUCCUUUUGAUUGGUAUUCUGAUGCUGAUAUUUGGACAGCAUUAGAUCAUGCACACUUGAAAAGUUUUGUAUCUAGCUUGGAUGAUGGACUGAACCAUGAAAUUGUAGAAGGAGGUGAAAAUCUUAGUGUUGGCCAAAGACAGUUGGUGUGUUUAGCAAGAGCACUACUGCGGAAGACUAAAAUUUUAGUUCUUGAUGAAGCAACAGCUGCAGUUGAUCUUCAAACUGAUGAUCUGAUUCAGACUACUAUACGAAAGGAAUUUGCUGAUGCUUCAGUGCUUACCAUUGCUCAUCGGCUUAAUACUGUUAUGGAUUAUGACAGAAUUAUGGUAUUGGACAAAGGAAAAGUUGCAGAAUUUGAUUCUCCAUCCGUUUUGCUGAAAAACAAAAAAUCUAUUUUUUAUGGGAUGGCCAAAGAUGCUAGAUUAGCGUAAAUAAGAAUCUUGCGUAUAAAUCAGUAUUUCAAUAUGUUCAAAAUAAUUUAUUUUGCAAUUUCUUAGUAUUAGAGAUCAGCAUUGGAUGUAUUUUAACAUCCUAGUUUAUAUUGUUUUUUGCAAAUCUAUUGUGUGAGGGAAGAAAAAAUCAGUAUUUUAUUUUAACCUGUACAUAGUUUAUUUUGAAAUUAUGUAUAUUUUCUGCUUCUGUUAUUAAAGAAGUACUUAAUUUUUUAUAUGAUCUGCUUUUUUUAAAAUUGAUAAAUUAAAUAUUUUUUAUAAAACGUAUUGAUGUGUUUCAGAUUAUUCUGUUAUUAAAAAGAAUGCAAGGUAAUAAAGAUGCAAAUUUGAGAAACCAUAGAUCUAA